GUUUGCUUAUUUUCCAUUCUAUCAACGAUGGGAAAGAAGAGAAAACAUGCAGAUAGUGAUGAAGAUUAUAUUAGGCGAAAAAUACGACGGUUGGAAGAAAAAUUGAUAAACAAAGCAAAACGUAACCGCGUUAUUUACUCCUCAGACGACGAUUUAAGCAGUCAGUCUUCAGAUUCGCCGCCGCCAAUGGAGGCAGAGUGCGAAUCCCCGUUACCAGUGAUUGUGCACGCGCCUGCGUCUCCUCCGUCCCAGCCGGAGUCGCCGCCGCCGCCAGACUCGCCGCCGCCGCCGCCGCCGUCACCGCUCCUGCCGCCGCCGAAGCCGCCGUUACCACCUCCGACCGAAGAACUCGAAGGAGAUAUUUUACAACUUCUCGGUGACGCACCUAGAUGUGAAACUGCUCUGGGGCCACCAAUUCACAAAGAUGUAGCGAGUAGAUGGCAAGAGAUACUCGUUAAAGGUCUGCUUAAAGACACUAAAGAAAAAUUGCUGGAAGAAUAUCUGGUUCCUAGCAACUGCAAUUUGUUAAUAGCACCUAACCUCAACCCUGAGGCAAAGGCAGCCCUUUCCGAUCCGUUGGUGAAAAGAGACACUUUUCUAAUGCAAAAACAAAAACAAAUUGGCAUAGCCCUGUCCGCCUUGGCUUCGGCUACAUCUCUGAUUCUCUCCAACGAAACAUCCAAGCAAAAGUUACUCAAACCGAUUAGUGACGCUUGCCGCAUCUUAUGCGACAAUCAUUUUAUGGAGACAAAAUCCCGAAGAAAUAUGGUUAUCUCUUCAACCAACAUGCAACUUAAGGACACUUUAAUGGAAUCGGUCAGAGAUCAAUCUUGGUUAUUUGGCGAAAAUAUAUCUGAAAAAGUAAAAGCUGCAAAAUCAAUACAAAGAUCCGGGGACGAUUUGAAAAAUCAACCGAAACAAACUCCUAAAAAUAGCAGAGGUCGUUUAAACUUCAAGCCCCAGCACCGCAAAGUAGACCACAAGCCAGCGAGCAGCAGCGACAGCGGCCGCGGCCGCCCGCACCAGGCAGCGGCGCGGGGCUCAGCGCGCGGCGCGCAUCACCGGCCCGGCCAGCGCUCGCCACCACCGCGUCGCUCUUACCACAAGUAAACUGUGAGGAACACACACCAGCUCCACAAAACCCUAAAAUUGGUUGCCGCGAAGCUUUCCGGCAAACAUUAUUAAAGAAAUCUUUAGCUCCUCAGACUAUAGAAAUCAUGUUAGCAUCGUUAACUGAGUCAACUUAUAGUCAAUAUGAUGGAUGUGUUAGAGAAUGGAUACAGUACUGUAAUAGCAAAAAUUUUGAUUAUACAAAUGUAUCAAUUAACGAUAUACUGGAUUUUUUGACAAUUGUUUACAACAAAGGAGCUAGAUACGGGACAAUCAAUUCGUUUAAAUCUGCCUUAUCAUUGUUAUUCGGAUAUAAAUUAGAUGAUGAAAGAGUUCGAAGAUUUAUGAAAGGAGUUUCUAAACUGAGGCCUCCAAAUCCUAGAUACAAUGCCACUUGGGAUCCUGCUGUAGUUCUA